AUGGUCUUCACCAAGACCCUCGUCUCCGUAAUAGCGGCACUCAGACAGGAGGGAGUCCAGGUACAUCCUUACCUGGACGACAUCCUGAUCUGUGCUCCAACUCCACAGGUUUCACUCUCUCACACGACCAUGGUCGUUCAGGUAUUCCAACAACACGGAUACCUCAUAAACUUCCGCAAAAGCUCUCUACAGCCCUCACAGACUAUGACUCACCUAGGAGCCAAGAUCAAUUCCAAAACAAAUUUUUUAUCCCUACCCAGAGAGAGGAUGGUAAAAAUAAUCAACUUGGCCUCAAGCACUGCCAAAUUAAAGACUACCAAACUCAUGUCCUUAGCGAGGCUCAUGGGUCUAAUGGUAGCUUGUAUAGCGAUCGUACCAUGGGCCCGAUUCCACUCGCGCCCACUUCAGUGGCUCCUAAGACCACAUCAGUCAGACGUAACCACGAAAAAGAUCAAAACGAUAGCUUUACCCUACAGCGUCAAAAAGAGUCUUUUUUGGUGGUCCAAUCCAACCAACCUCAGGAAGGAGACUCAAUACAUACAAGAAGAACCCAUUCAGGUAUUUACAGACGCCAGCCUAACAGGCUGGGGCGCCACUCUGGGCGACCAGUUAGCCCAGGGACGAUGGUCACACCAGGAGUCACAACUCCAUAUCAAUCUACUGGAGCUCAGAGUGGUGCGUCUGCCUCUCAGGGAGUUUGCGGAUACACUCAGGAAUCACCACGUCCUCAUCAGGAUGGACAACACAUCAACGAAAGCUUACAUCAACAAACAGGGAGGUACCCGGUCCUCGUCCCUUCACCAAGAGGCCAUAACAUUCUUUACAUGGGCGCAGGCAAACAUCCCCUCAAUUCGUGCGGAGCACAUCAAGGGCUCCCUCAACAUCCAGGCCGACUGGCUAAGCCGCCAGUUCGUGGAUGAAGGAGAAUGGGAAUUAGAUCAGGAAACAUUUCAGCAAAUUACAGAAAAAUUUGGCACCCCUUUAGUCGAUUUAUUCGCCUCAGACUCAAACCACAAGCCCCAGAAGAACACUGUGAUGGCCAUGCCUGGAAGAGUAAUACAAAUUGUUCCUUAUGGCAAAAUUGUUUCACCGUGGGGACUUCAGUUGAAAAGAACUGCCAAUGAGUUUUGCCGUACUUGGCACAGAAGUAUUUCAUCAGGCGUUGUUGCUGCUACCUCAUCAGCAAACGCUGUGGAAUUUCUUGGAAAACCUUACCUCCCAGAUGACUACAGCAAUGUCACCAAGAAGAUUCUUUCUAAGGUGGGGAAAAACCUGCACAACCAACGUUAUCACCCUUUGUGGCUGAUCAAAGAGCGUGUGAAAGAUCACUUCUACAAACAGUACAUAGGGCGCUUUGGGACCCCGCUGUUUUCAGUGUACGAUGAUUUGCCUCCAGUGGUCACCAUAGAGCAGAAUUUUGAUAGAUUGUUUGUUCCUGAAGAUCAUCCUAGCAGGAAGAAAGGGGACAACUACUAUCUAAACCAUACUCAUAUGCUAAGAGCCCACACUUCGGCUCACCAGUGGGAUUUGAUACAUUCAGGACUUGAUGCCUUUCUGGUUGUGGGAGAUGUUUACCGUCGCGAUCAGAUCGACAACACCCACUACCCAGUCUUUCACCAGAUGGAGGGAGUCCGACUCUUCUCCAACCACGAGCUGUUCAGCAAUAUCAGUGGCGGAGAAAGUUUUUCCUUGUUUGAAAAAGGUCUUCGCACCCCACACAAGCAAGAGGCUCACACCAUGGAAGCAGUGAAGCUUGUGGAGCACAGUUUGAAACAAGCACUGACAAAACUCGUGACUCAUCUCUUCGGUGACGGGCUUGAGAUUAGAUGGGUGGACUGCUACUUCCCAUUUACUCACCCUUCCUUCGAGAUGGAGAUCAACUUCCAGGGAGAAUGGAUGGAGGUUUUAGGUUGCGGGGUCAUGGAGCAGCAGCUAGUUAACUCAGCCGGGGCUGAGAACAAAGUCGGCUGGGCCUUCGGCUUGGGGAUGGAGAGGCUGGCCAUGUCACUGUACGGGAUCCCCGACAUCCGCCUUUUCUGGAGUGAAGAUGACCGUUUCCUGAAACAGUUCCGUGUGCCUCGUCUUGAUCAAAAAAUAACAUUUCAGCCUUUCAGCAAAUACCCUCCUGUGAUCAACGACAUCUCUUUUUGGCUGCCCUCUGAAAAAUAUUCUGCAAAUGAUUUCUAUGAUUUAGUCCGAACUAUUGGAGGAGACAUGGUGGAAAAAGUUGACCGCAUAGAUGAGUUCACACAUCCAAAAACAAAAAGGGUCAGCCAUUGUUACCGGAUAACUUACCGAUGCUUGGAGAGGACCCUGACUCAGAAGGAAGCGAAUCGUAUCCAUCAAGCCAUCGAGGAGUCAGUUGUACGGGAGUUAGGAGUGGAAGGACGAUUUUGA